AUGACCGAGGCCAAGACCAGCUACGCAACCUGUGAUGAAGUGAUCUCCGUCAAUCGCGUGACUCAGCGCCUCCUUCGAGGAGGCCUGAAUGGAACUGAAUCGUCAGCUCAGAUGAACGAAUAUACCAUUGCGUUCGAAGACAUCCCACAAGCGCUUAUUACGAAUCGAAGCAAGCGAAGCCCCCUCGUCGUCCCGUCCAAAGAGAUCAUAUCGAUGUGUUUACCGGACACCGAAUCAAGCGAAGCAACAACCCAAGUCUACCGCCCGAUCAAAUGCAGUAAAGCGGGAAGAAUGGAUCAGGACCACAUCAAUCAACUCAUGGAUGCAGCUGAAUUCGCCGACUCUAAAGGAAUGUAUGCAGACUCUGUUCAAACAUAUCAGCAACUCCUAAAUUUGUAUGCCGACGAAAUGUCAAGAUGUGAGAGCAAACAUGGUGCGACCAAUAGAGGCCCCCAUACGGGAUGGAUUCUUUCGUGUUUCAAUCUUACACGAUGCUACUUGAAGCUGAAGCGCCCGCAAGCGGCCUUCGAAACUCUCCAACAAGCUUGGCGCCCAGAUUCAAGCCUAGCCAUACCUUCCACACAUCCAAACUAUCUGGAACUAUCCCAUUUGUAUUUCGAAGUUGAAGAUAGGUUACAGAGCAUCUCUCACUCUCAUGCGAACUAUGAGUCUGAAUCAGACGUUCGUAAAGAUGAAUUCACCACCAAUGAACUUUUGAAUCUGAUAUGUGUGUAUGCGGAGGAUUUUUUAUCUCAAGAAAAAUCACACGAUGCCAUUUCACUUUUGGAAGGGGGGCGAAAACGAAUAGCAGAAGAGCAAAAGGUAAUUGAUAAAAAAAUGAAGGAACAAAUUAUAAGAAUUCAUCUACUGCUUGUUGAGGCGUAUUUGCACAUUGGCCAACUGAAGGAGGGCGAAGAAAUCCUAAACCAAGUUUGGAAUCCUGAAAGUCGGUUCUACAUUGACACUCUUGAUAAGAAUUAUCUUUGGAUGUCACAGCUUUACAGGCGUGCCAUUAAUAAACAACAGUGUGACCCCACAUCUUGCAGCCAUCAAGCCCAAGAACAAAGGCAAAGGACGCUUUACGAGAAGCUGGCUCUUACGCGAACGGCGGAUGCCGCAGUGAUCAAAAGCCGUUGGAAACUGUGUGAAGAUUUGAUCAACAGAGCUCAAGCUGGUUAA